AUGCUGCUGUCUGAUGAAGAAGAACAAGAGCCUUUAAGGGCAACAGUAACAAGCGGUGAUACCACCAACAUUGAUAAUACAGCAAUAUAUUCUCAAGGUACUAAUAGUUCCAAUUAUAUAAAGGAGCUAGCUGACAGUCAAGAGGCUUGUACCAAACAGUUAUUACCCCGAAUUUUCCAGUUUCUUCGAUUGCAGGUGCUAAGACAAUCUAAUGCAUUAGAAGAGUAUGUUAUGCAACAUGAAGCCAAUGAUUGCUCCCUUGUAUCUAAAUAUAAACAAGUUGUCACUAUUGACAUGAGUCAUGAUUCCAGUGUUUCUGUUGAUAAAGUUAUUUUAAGUGGUCUUCAUAUUCCUCAUCCUUUGGUAAGUUUUAUGAGUAAUGAAAAUAACCAAAAUGCUCCAACAAGUAUAGAUCUCCCUAAAGAACUCCACGAAUCUCCUAUAAUAGUGUUUAUUCAUGGGUUGGGUGGUCAAAUUUCACAAUUUGAACCUUUAAUGGGCCUUUUAUCUCAAGCUCUGGAAAUCAUGGCAAUUGAUUUACCGGGGUUUGGAAAUUCGUGUUUGGCAUUUGAUCAUAAGGGGAAACUGAUUACAGAGUUUACUCAAGAUGAAAGAGAUAGCAUUUCUCUGUCAAUUAAAGCAAUGUCAUGGACAGAUUUCGAGACCGAUAACAUAGUGACCAUUGUUUUGGAAUACAUUCGUCAAUAUAUUUCCCUGGACAAGACUAUUAUACUUGUGGGCCAUUCUAUGGGUACUCAUAUUUCCACUAAGGUGGCUUCAAGAUUACCUCAAUCUAAAGUUGAAGGACUUAUUUUAUUAUCACCACCUGAAUUCCAUGACGAUGUUAGCGAAACAAAUUUAGGUGGGGUAGUAGUACAGCCGGCUCAUCGAUUUGCGUUUUUCACUUAUUUUCCUUGGUUAUUCAAUGUUUUCAGAACUUGGGAUAGAUUGCCUGGAUUAUCAAGUGCCAGUGUUCAAAGACAACUAACCAAAGAAAAUAAUUCUAAUUUCUAUAUCAAACUAAGACAAUUUAGAUGGAACAUGGAUGUGGAUUCUGAAAUAGUAUUGAAAUAUAUCUAUGGAUUUUCUAAAGCAAGAUGUUCUGAAUUAAUAACGGCAAUCUCCAAAUUCAACGACAGAGUUCAAGAUAAAAGAGUUUAUGAAAAAACUUUAUUUGUUGGCGGAGAAGAAGAUCUUAUGACUCCUGUUAGACACAUUGAUGAAGUUGUGAGUAUAUUGGAAAGUAAGUUUGGUAAGAAGGUUACCCAUUCAAUUAAGAUUCCAAACGUUGGACAUUCCUUAUUACUUAGCAAACCUGAAUUUAUAAGCGGAGUAAUCCUUAACCAUGUGGAAUCCAAGUUUCCUGAGCGAUUACAUUUAUCCCCGGCUUGGGUGUUAAAGGUUAAAGCAGAAAUAUCAGGAGACAAAUGGGGAUUAAAAAAUGAACAGAAAUGGUCUAAGAUAAAGCUGCUUUCAGCUAAUAUUACUAGAAGGAAUGGUACAGAAAGAGCACCUCUUUUAGGAAUGAAAACUUUAAGGGAAGGUGAUGUUAAUCAUUCCCCUUCGGCAUUAGAAGCUAGAUUUUACGGUGAUCAUCAUCAUGAUUCAGAUAAUAAUUAUGAUAAACCAAAAGGAAAGCUUAUUGCAGUGGUUGAUAUUUCUGCGGACAUUCCACCUUACAGCCCCAAAUCGUUUGAACAUAUCAAAUAUUAUAAAUGUGCUACUGUUUCCAAAGUUGUUCCUGAUGCCCAGGCGGCCAGGAGAUUCAUUCAAUUAAUUGAUGAUAUUUUUGCUUCUACCAAUGAACCAGAUCCAUUAAUCGUGGUUCAUUGUCAUUAUGGUUUCAAUAGAACAGGGUUUCUUAUAUGUUGUUAUUUGAUUGAGAAGCUUGGAUGGUCAGUGCCUGAAGCCAUUGAUGGAUUCAAAGAGGCCAAACCUCCAGGAAUUAAGCAUCAACAUUUUAUUGAUGAACUUUAUGUUCGAUAUGAAAAUAAGUAG